AUGGUGAAUUUAGUCUCCAGCCUUAUAACAUACGAUAGUAAUGUUUUCAAAGGUUUUGAUAAUGUUUAUGCUACAUCUUUCUAUUGUUCAGGUUCCUAAAUAGCAGGUUAAGUCCUCUUCUCAGAUUCAUUUCCUGAAAUUCCUAAAAUCAUCAUUUCCCUUGAAAAAUUGGACACAUCGAUUAAUAACUCAGGUUUUAUUUUAGAGAUUACAGAUGUUCAGCUUACAUGUAAGUAUUUAGAUUAGUAAGAUUUCAAUAUUACGAUUUCAUGUCCAAAUUAAAGAGUAUAUGCUAUGAGAUUUAAAUGGUAUGCGAUUUGUGGAGGAGGUCUUCAGGUAAUAAAUUAUAUUAGUUCCUCAGCCAUUGUCAAUAAUACUUUUCCACAUUCAUUGAGUAAUCCGAAAUAUUGUUUUGUGAGUUUAACAGGUUUAUUAUACAAUGGAUAAAUAGAUUUUCUACUUUAAGUAAGUCAAUUAUGUAAUAACAUUCUCAGAUAAGUGAGCUGACCAGCUCUUCUAUUACGGUUGAGAUUAACCAAGUAGAUGGAAAAUUCCCUCAUUUACUACAAAUAGGUUAUUAAGUUGUCAUAACAUCAUAUGAGAUAAUCAAUCUUGGAUUUCAAUCUACUCUUCAAAAUUUUACAAGUUAACCCAUCUAAAACUUAUGUAGUGGAUGGUUUAUUUUUAACCUUUAAGGUCUUAAUUAUUCAAGCACAGACAACAUAAGACUAAACCUAACAAAUAAUAAUACUGCUGAUAUUCUUUCUUAUAAGUUUGGAAAAUGUAUUAAAUUUAUCAAAUCUUAGGGGAUGGAUAAUAUACUGGAAGUUAUCACUCUUAGCUCUGGUUAUUUUAUUAAAAUACUUACUUUAGUUGCGCUGUGAUAAAAACGAAAAGCAAAUUGAUCUUAGCGAUCAAUGAUUUACCAGAAAAGAAAAUUGUUUUUAUUGAUCCAAAUCUCCAAUAUAUUAAUCAAGGAUAAUACGAAUUGAUUUUCAAUUAAAAGCUUUCCUAUAUGCAAAUAGAAGUAGCUAUGAAAAGCUUUGAAGGGAAAUUAAUUCAAAGUUCAAUUAAUAUGUAGGAUAAAUGCAAUCCAUCACAAAUCCAAGUUCUUAAAUAUCAACAUUAAAAAAUCAUCAAUUUCAUAACUUUCUAUCUAGCAUUUACAUCCCCUAUCUAUGAAUAAUAAAAAUUUAAGUUAAAUAUCACACCUGGAAGUAUUGAAUUAGUUCAAGUACUUUAUAAUUACAUAUAAACUGAGAAGACAAUUCUUAAAUUUGAAUAUGUAGAUAUCUGA